AGAGUCCGCGGUGCAUCGCGGACGCCUCUCUCCUCCCCUUUUCUUGCCAAGUCCACCGCAAGGCUCCGUCUCUCUCUCCCCCCUCCCUCUCUCUCUUUCUUAAAAUGACAUUGGUCUGCCUCGGAACAUGAUAACAGAUAAGCCUCUCUGCGCUGCGCGUUGUCGGGCUAUCCGCGAUGCCGACAACUUGAAAGCAAAAUAAACAGGCGUAAUUAGGUCCCCCCCCCCCCUCCAAAAAAAAAAAAAAAAAAAAAAAAUUAUAUAUACAUAAAAAAGGGGGUCGCACUGGAUCCUGGUCCGCGCGCGCCCAAGAGGAAUAACAAGAGGAGAGAAUUGUGUGGCGCGCAUGCAAAGGCUCCGACGCACCUCGUAGAUCUUGACGAAAGUCUUCAAGUGCAGGCAAAGUGAGCAUGUAUGUGCACGGUUUGAUACGAGCUAGCCUUGGAUUUGUGGGCUUCUGCCUGGUCGCCUUUGUCCAACAUUCCGCUUCGGGAAGUAAAAGCAGCCAAGAUGUGGACGAGUGUGCAGAGGCACUUGACAAUUGCAGCAUCGACGCCAUCUGCCAGAACACACUGAAAUCCUACAAGUGUAUCUGCAAGUCGGGCUAUAAAGGGGAUGGUAAACAUUGUGAAGAUGUCGACGAGUGUGCAACCGAAUACAACGGUGGCUGUGUCCAUGAGUGCAUCAACAUCCCAGGAAAUUACAGGUGCACAUGCUAUGAUGGCUUCCGCUUGGCACAUGACGGGCACAAUUGUCUAGAUGUAGACGAGUGUUCAGAAGGAAACGGCGGAUGCCAGCAGAUCUGUGUCAACAUGAUGGGCAGUUAUGAAUGUCGCUGCAGAGAAGGAUUCCUCCUGAGUGACAAUCAGCAUACCUGCAUCCAAAGGCCAAAAGUGCGACCGGAAGGAACAAAGGAGGGACCCACCUGCAUGGACAAGAAUCAUGGCUGUGCACACAUCUGUCGGGAAACACAGAAGGGUGGCAUCUCCUGCGAAUGUCGACCUGGAUUCCAGCUCACCCGUAACACGAAGGACUGCAAAUUGACGUGUAAUUAUGGAAAUGGUGGUUGCCAGCACAUCUGUGAAGAAACAGACCAUGGCCCCAAGUGUUCGUGCCACAUGAAAUUUGUCCUGCACACGGAUGGAAAGACUUGUGUUGGCGUGGGUGUGCGUGUGCAUGCAGGGGAGAGGAGUGUCCAGUCCCAGGCAGCCCCACAGCUGUUCCCUAAUGAGACCUGUGCCGUGAACAAUGGUGGCUGUGAUAGCACGUGUCACGAUUCAGUGACCGGAGUUCGCUGCAGCUGUCCUGUCGGCUUCACGCUGCAGCCGGACCGCAAGACCUGCAAAGACAUUGAUGAGUGCCGUCUUAACAACGGGGGUUGUGACCAUGUGUGUCGGAACACAGUGGGCAGCUUCGAGUGCAGCUGCAAAAAAGGCUACAAGCUGCUGACCAACGAGCGGACAUGUCAAGACAUUGACGAGUGCUCCUUUGACCGCGCUUGCGACCAUUUCUGUGUCAACUCUGCAGGAAGCUUCCAGUGCCUUUGUCACAAGGGCUACGUCCUCUAUGGCGUUGCGCACUGCGGAGAUAUUGAUGAAUGCAGUAUUAACCGAGGAGGUUGUAAAUAUGGCUGCAUUAACACUCUGGGGAGCUACGAGUGUACCUGCCCACCUGGAUUUAAACUGCACUGGAACAGAAAGGAUUGUAUUGAGUUGGUGAAAUGUCCCCCAGGCCUUUUCGCCCCCAAGGCUACUCUCACCUGCAGCAAAACGGGCAAGAAAGAGAGCUGCUCGCUCACCUGCGCCUCCAAGGCACACUAUCUGGCAGAGUCUGACAACAGCUACUCGGUCAGCUGCGGCAUCCCCAUCGUCAGAGGGAAGUCCCCCAUCAGGCUCAACUCCAGCAGCAGUCAAAGCUGCAUCGAGACUUUGGCGCCUCCAGUGAAGCAGACGGCGUCUUUCAAGAUUAAAAACGCCAAAUGCCACCUGCACCCUAAAUUGACAGGCAGGACAGAGGACAGGGGGCGGACCCUAGGACCAGGAGGUGGUCAGCCCUGCAGUAACUGCCUGGUGACAUUUGUCAAUCUCAAAUGUGACUCGUCAAAGAAAGCAAAAGGGCGGCGCGCUCGCAACCCGACUAACAAAGAGGUAACUCGCAUCACUUUGGAGCUGGAAGCAGAGGUCAAAGCUGGAGACACAACAGGAAGUUGUAACCUCAGCUGCCUCAGACAACGUAUGGAGAAACAGGUGAAGACCUACAUCAAGGCUCUGAAGAAGUCCAUCAACCAAGAGCGCUUCCUCAUCAGAGUUGCUGGUUUGGAGUACGAGGUGGCCCAGAAACUUCCACAAGCUUCACCCAUUCAAGAGAACUGUGGCCCAGGCUCCGAAAAAGACAGCGGGCGAUGCGUCAGGUGCUUGCCGGGCUCGUAUUACCAUGGGGAGCAGGAGCGUUGCGUCCAGUGUCCGCCCGGCACCUUCCAGGAGAGGGAGGGGCAGCUGGCAUGCGACCUGUGCCCGGGCAGUGACGGCCACGGUCCUGUCGGAGCCCGAAACAUUUCAUCGUGUGCAGGCCAAUGUCCCAACGGGUUCUUCUCAGCCGACGGCUUCAAGCCUUGCCAGCCGUGUCCCCAGGGCACAUACCAGCCAGAUUUGGGUCGGACAUUGUGCUUUCCUUGCGGGGGAGGACUGAGCACCAAGCGUGAGGGCGCAAGCUCCUUCCAUGAUUGUGAGGUCAAAGUGCAAUGUUCUCCGGGCCAUUACUACAACACCACAGUGCACAGGUGUAUCCGCUGCCCAGUCGGAACCUAUCAGACUGAGUUUAGGCAGAACUACUGUAUUACCUGCCCAGGAAACACCACCACAGAUUUUGAUGGCGCCACUAGUGUCUCUCAGUGCAAGAACAGGCAGUGUGGCGGCGAGAUGGGCGAGUUCAUGGGCUACAUCGAGUCCCCUAACUACCCCGGCAACUACCCGGCAAAUGUGGAGUGCAUUUGGAACAUCAACCCGCCCAGCAAGCGUAAGAUCCUUAUUGUGGUGCCGGAGAUCUUCCUGCCCUCAGAGGACGAGUGCGGAGAUGUGCUGGUGAUGAGGAAGAACUCUACAUCCAUCACCACCUAUGAGACGUGUCAGACGUACGAGCGGCCCAUCGCCUUCACGGCGCGCUCCAGGCGCCUCUGGAUUAACUUCAAGUCCAACGAGGCCAACAGUGCCAGGGGCUUUCAGAUCCCCUACGUGACGUAUGACGAGGACUACGAACAGCUGGUCGAGGACAUUGUACGGGAUGGAAGACUCUACGCUUCAGAAAACCAUCAAGAAAUCCUCAAGGAUAAGAAACUGAUAAAGACACUUUUUGACGUGCUGGCUCACCCAAACAACUACUUCAAGUACACCACUCGAGAGUCCAAUGAGAUGCUUCCCCGAUCCUUCAUACGUCUCAUAAGCAGCAAAGUUUCUGCUUUCCUGCGACCGUACAAGUAAACGCAUAUCUGCAAUUCCGUAAACAUCCCCGUCCCCCUUACAGGCUACAUCCUGCAACUCAUAAAGGACUUUGACACGCAAAAUACACCGUUUUAUUUUUUAACCCUCUUUUGAUUGCCAUUGACAAACCUGCAAAAUACUGAAUAUUCGUGUUGUUGUUUGUCAGUUUUUCUUCACAGGUCCACAGUCCAGAGUGGAAGAGUUUAGUGGGGAUGUAGAAUAUGUGAGUGGGUUUGGUUUCUAUUGUGUCGUGCAAUGGGACCAUGAAAGCGGAAAGAAACGACAGUAGGAGUGAUGUUGUGUUAGAGCUUGUUGUUGUAUUUGCUUAAAUGACUGGUCUGUAUUCCAGCUCCGACUGCGACCGUUAAGUAUGACUGUAAGUGCUGUGCAAGUGUUGUGUAACCCUGGUUCCAUCAUAUGUGCGUGCGUGCAUGCUCUGGUGAGGAUAUGUGCGUCCUCCACGAGGAGCAGUUGCUAAUUCAUGUCGCAGCUGUGUUCCAGCUCAUUUUAAAGCCUUACUAUGUGUGAGCUCUUAGAGCAGUUUUACUGUUAAAACAGUUCAUCUGUGCUGUCUAGACUGCACCAGCCUUUUCCAACCCGCCCAGCAUUUCUGUUGCUCUUUUUCUUCUUCUUUUUUUUUUUUUUUUCCAAGGCGACUUUAAAGCAAAUACAAAAAAAAAUAGCCGGUUAAUCAUUCCUGGAACACAGAGGACAUUUUUGGAAGAUGAAUAAGAAACUAUUAAAAGUGGGAAAGCCACAGGAAUGAGAUGAUGUGGAAUGUGUCUGGGAAGAGGGAUCGAGAGUUGAAUGUCUUUGGGGGACAUGAUGUUUGCUGCUUCUUGUAAAAGGUCACUUUAAUUCUUCAAUCUCACAUGAAUAGUGUCAAGGUUUGAAGUGAAGAGGAAGCAGAGAAUUUCAAGUACUCUAGUUGUUACAUCACAGCAGGUCGAUGAUCUUGUCACUCGUCUGUGGCGCAGGUCUAUCGUGUUUUGACUUGUAAAUACCGAAAAGAAGAAAGACAAGGGUUGGAUUCUGUGAUGCCGAGCCCAAGAAUCACACCGGCACCCCUGCCCCUAAAAUGUCGUGGCCAUAUCAAAUCCAAAGACACCAACUCCCCAACUCAUGUUUGGUCUGUCCCAAUGAAGACAGCUCUUCCAAAGAGGGCCCACAAGGGCGGGUCACAUUGUUUUGUGCACUAUUAGAUCAAGAGCCCAUCCUUCUACCUUUAUAGACAAGUGCAAUGAAUGAAAAUACCACAUCUCGGAUUUGGUUAUGGUGACCCAAAAUGAUCUUUUGGAAAGCGGCACUGUUGACCCUUUGUAUGGCAUGUUGUGAGCAGAACUUUAGGGUGUACCUGCUCUUUUGCAGAGUGAGUCAAAGAUGUCAUGGAAAUUUUGCAGUUUGGAAACAAUAUUCUUUGUGGUUUCAGAACAAUGACAGCAACAGGGUAUAAUAAUUUAAUAUUAAAGUAAAAGACCGUUCCCCGUGAUAGGAGCUGAUGUUUUGUUUUAGGUAUUUAGCAAUUUUGAGAGUUCGACAAAAACAUCAAAACCUUACCUGGCUAUAAGUCAAGUGGGCCCCCACGGCUAGCUUUUGACGAGCUUAUUAUAAAGACUGCAAACGGGAAGCAGCUAGUCUGCUUUAGAAACACACAAUGGUAUUUGCAGGGGAUUCAUUUGGCUGGGAGGCACUAUCGAAACUGAGUGAAAAGUAUUUCAUCAAACCUCAAAAGUCAUUAUUUGCGCUAUUGCCAUUUUGUGUGUGUGUGUGUGUGUGUUCACAUAGCUCGCAAUAUUAAUGGUAAUCCCCUAACUUGCAUAUUUCAACUUUGGAAGGAAAUAAAUAUGUCUCAUUCUCCAUUACAUGGUUGAUUUCUAGUUUGGGGAGUGGAAAGGGAGGUUGUUGUUGUAAAAGUCACCAUCCAGGAUGAUCCAAAAGGGAUUUUGAUCACAUUGUCAAAGUUGAUGGUGUGAUGCCAAACCAUGUUACACCAAAAUGUUGGAGAUCUUUACUGAAUUUCCAGCUCUACCUACAUUAUAAAUAUUAAAACAUGGCCCGUAUGCCUUCAUGGGCAAAAAUCCUCCUCCCACCAGAUUUUCUUUUUUUGUUUUUCUUUUGGAGAUUGUUGCCUUUUAAAAGAGAGUUUGCUAUGAUGUAUCAUAGAGUUGAUAAUGAUAUUUGCACUUGAAUUGUUAUUGCUCAUGUAAAUGUCUGGACUUUGUAUUGUCUUUUUAAUGAAUGGACUUGGUGUUCUUAUUUUCUUGUAACUUGUUUUGUUCAUGAAAGCUCACUAGAAGUUUAGCCUAUAGAUGAUGAUACACGACAUUAUCGACAGUAAAAAAAAAAAAAAAAAAAUGUAUAGAGGUGAAG